UUCUAGCGUGUGUUGCCAAUGGCAGAAUUCCAAAUCUCUCUUGGUCAUCCGCCUCCACUCCGUCCGUCCCGCGGGAAGCCAAAUCCACGAAACGGAAUUCUCGGAGCCGCCCCGCCGCGGGAAACAUUUGCGCGCCCUCCCCCUCGCUCGCGCGCGCGCCUCUUUACAAAUACCUUCCUUUUCCGCUCCUGCGCCUCCUCCAAUCCCCAUUCCCUCCUCCCACUCGCCCACAUCUCCAAUCCAGAUCCACCGCCGUCCUCCAGCCGGAAGUCACAGCCCGGGGCCAACGCGGGCGCCUCCUCCAGCCGCACGCUGCGCGCCCUCCUCCUGUGUUACAACGCAGUGAAUCUGCAGGGUGAGUAGGCGAAUUGUUCGAACAAAGAUUGGGUAGAGGAAUGCGCUGUUUGUUCCUGAACUAGCAGUUGCAAGACCCACACCCUCACGCAAUGGAGAGCGGCAUGGUUCUCGGUGUUGCUCGCCCCGAAGAUUCUCCUGACCGCCACGACGCAGAGCCACGAGCCGGCUUGGGGCGAUCGCAGAUGCAGGUCGAUGGCCCUGUUGUUCUCAACCAAUCUGCUGAGCUCGAGUCGAGUGGCUCGAUGGCCAUCGAUGAUGCCCCAGCUCAACAACCAUCUUCCCAACAAGUGGCGGCAGCACAGCAGUCUCCUGCUACGCUGACGGAUACCAUUGUAGAGGUGCAGAAGCAGCUGAAGCGGAAGAGGGCUUCGAAUGGCCCGGCGAUUGCUACCGCGGACAAGGGCGCUCUCGUUGCCGGAUGCCGCCAGGAGCUUGAGGGGUUGUUCCAGUAUUACAAGGAGGUUUCUGGCCGCAAGAUGCAGUUUGAGGGUCGGAACCUGUCCGGCAACGCGAUGGUUGGCUGCUUGCUUGAGGAGAGCAGUCUUGGGCUGACGAAGUUGGUGGAGGAGAUACAUGAGAAGCUCAAGGGGACGGAGGGUGUGUCAGUGGCUUCAGUCCGUAGCUCUGUGCUUCUCAUUGGGCAGAGGAUGAUGUACGGGAAAUCUUCCCCAGAUGCUGAUGUGUUGGAAGAUGAAUCCGAGUCGGCUCUUUGGUGCUGGGAGAUAAGAGAUCUGAAAUUGAUGCCGGUGAAAACACGCGGCAUUCUGAGUACACGAAGAACAGCCAGAAAGAAAAUCCAUGAAAGGAUCGCUGCCAUCUAUUCAACUUUGUCAGUUCUGGAAAACCCUGGAGUUGAAGCUCAAGUAAAUGAUCUCAGAAAAGCAUCAUUAAAAUUAAAUAAGUCACUGAACCUGGAAGGGAUCAGAUCAAUGGUUGAAAGAGCGACUCAAAAGAACAACAUUGAACGGGGUGUCAAAGAUGCCAGAUCAACAGGUAAGGAAUUGAUACAAGGGACAGAGAAAAAUGACCAAAAUAUUUGCAGACUUGAGGAUGUGAGUGUCUCUGAGCUGCGGAUGGGAAACUUGCCUGCUAAUGAAAAAAAGAUUCAGAAAGUGCAAAAACAAGCUGAGAAGGAAAUAAAACGACAAGAGAAAGAAGAAGCUCAGAUGAGGAAACUGCAAAAGAAACAACAAGAGGAGGCACUAAGAGAACAGAAGCGACUUGAAAAGGAAGAAGCUGAAGCUAAGAAACAGCAAAGGAGGCAGGACGAGGAAGCACAGAAGGAACAGAAGCGUCGUGAAAAGGAAGAAGCUGAAAUGAAGAAACAACAAAAAAAGGAGCAAGAGGAAGCUGAGAAAGAACAGAAGCGCCGUGAGAAGGAAGCUGCACAACUCAAGAAGCAAUUGGCCAUUCAAAAACAAGCUUCUAUGAUGGAGCGCUUUUUCAAAAGUAAGGACAAUGGAAAACUUCAAAAAUCUGGAGAGAAUGACUCAGGUGAUACUCUGUGCACUGACAACAAAGAGCCAAUACCAGCAACCACAUCAAAAAUUGAUUCUUCCUUGUCUCAACAAGAGAACUGGGUUUUGGAGGAUCUCUGGAGGUUGCAGGUCACUGGUUGGAAGAAGCUAUCUAACUGCAAUAGGUCCUCCAGAUGGGGUAUCAGACACAAACCCAAGAUGGAGGCAUUUAAAGAGCUCAAGCUUCAAAAAUCCUCAGAUGAUAUGGUUGAUGAAAUACUUUCAACUCCAAAUGAAGAUAACUCCCACAACUUAAGCAAGGAAAAUGAACAUGAUAAGCUUGAAAGUGACAUUGACAUGCUACCAGCUAGUGAGAUGCAACGUCAUGGCAUCAAUAAUGAUAAACCUCUGCAAACUAGAUUGAUAAGGAGAAAGCUUUUGCAAUUUGACAAAAGUAACAGGCCAGCGUAUUAUGGGACCUGGAGGAAGAAAAGUGCAGUUGUUGGCCCAAGGUGUCCACUUAAGAUGGAUCCUGAUCUUGACUAUGAGGUUGAUAGUGAUGAUGAAUGGGAAGAGGAGGAUCCUGGUGAGAGUCUUUCUGACUGCGAGAAGGAUAGUGAUGAAGUUAUGGAAGAAGAUUCCAAGAUUACAGAUGAAGAUGAUGAAGAUAGCUUUGUUGUGCCUGAUGGCUACCUCUCAGAUAAUGAGGGGAUACAGAUUGAAAGUCUAUUGGACGACAAGGAUGAGGAAGCCAGUAGCUCACCAACCGUCCAGUGCACAGAAGCUGAAGAAUUCAGAUUUCUACUACGCCAGCAAAAAGUCUUCAACACCUUGACUGAGCAGGCACUCCGUAAGAGCCAGCCUCUUGUGAUAUCCAACAUAAAUCAUGAAAAAGCUGAAUUAUUGACUGCUGGAGACCUCAAGGGAGUGGCGAAGAUUGAGCAACUUUGCUUGCAAGUUCUUUCAAUGCGCAUCUGUCCAGGAAGUGCAGCUGUUGAUGUACCUGUCAUUGACAGUUCAUCUACAAAUCAUGAGAGAAUCAACCAGUCAAAUGUGAAAAUUAGCUCCCCUGCAGCUGCAGCUGCUAUAACAGAAAUGGACCUGCCAGAAAUUGUUCAGGUGAUACGAUCAUGUCGAGAUGGCAUCAAUAAGUUGGUUGAAUUGCUGCACCAGAAGUUUCCAAAUGUUUUGAAGUCACAACUGAAAAGUAAAGCGAGGGAGAUUUCAGACUUUGUUGAUAAUCACUGGAAGGUCAAGAAAGAGGUUCUUGACAAGCUAGGCUUAGAUUCCUCGCCAGUGAAAUCCAAAAAGACCAAAGGCAUAGCCACGUACUUCUCAAAGCGGUGUUUACCUCCAGAAGAGGCCAUCAAUGCUCUGGCGUCUUCACCCGAGCUGCGCUUGAAAUCUAAAACCAUUCAAAAUGGCAACGGUGGCACUAAAGGUCCUCAGAUUAAUCUGUUCUCCUCGCCCCAGUAGAGUUCCUAACAAGAGGGAUCAAUGGAGCUAUGCAGCCAGAUGGGCAGGAAGUUCUUUGGUAAUAGUGAUGCAUGUACAGAGGCUACGGAAGCGCAGCUUGGUUUUGCAUGACGGAAGAUCCAAGUGUAACUUGGUUUUUUGACAACAUGGAGAUGUUGACAAGUUUAUUUAUGAAGGAUAUUUAGUUGAUUUAUGCGCCCUUGAUUUAUUCGGUCUUUAUGCGUUUGACCUGUAUGUACUAUUAUUAACGCAAGCCAUUCUCACAGUAAUCUGUAAUUGCUAAUCGCUGCACCCUACGGUGUUAUCAGCCUUUUUUUUUGUGAGUUCAUCGAGUCUGGAAGAAUGUGGAAGCAGAUCCAUUUUUUAACCAUUUGGCUGCUCAAUUGACAAGUGACUGCAGAAAUGGUUUUUUGUAA